AUGCAGCCAUUACAAUGGUUGAAAAUACUACUCUUGCUGAAUUAUGGCGCUGGGCGACAAGUGCGGCUUGGACGACAAGCCGGAUAUAACUAUCAAAGGCCGAGAGUACCGUUCUUCUUACCGACUGAGAAUGUCGGUUCGAACGUACCUGCCUAUCCCUCACAACGUUACAACUAUCCAACUUAUCCUACUUAUAAUUAUCCUGCUCCUUAUCGACCUUUUCAACCAGCUCUUCCAUCUUAUCCAUCUCCUCAACCACCACCUUCUUAUCCAUCGCCUCAACCACCACCUUCUUAUCCGUCUCCUCAGCCACUACCUUCUUAUCCAUCACCGCAGCCACAACCUUCUUAUCCAUCACCACAGCCACAACCUUCUUAUCCUUCUCCUCAGCCACCUCCUUCAUAUCCAUCUCCACGGCCACCACCUCCUUCAUAUCCAUCUCCGCGGCCACCACCUCCUUCGUAUCCAUCCCCACGACCACCACCUCCUUCGUAUCCAUCUCCCCGACCUCUACCACCAUCCUAUACAUCUCCACAACCACCACCUCAAACACAAGAAGUUAUAGUAAUAUCUUCAACUCCAUAUCCUGCAUCACGCCAGCCAACGCCAUCACCUGCACCUUUUCCUCAACCAUCUUAUCCUCCAUCGCGACCUCCUCCAAGACUUCCACCUCCUCCCCUUUCACCUCCACCAACCCAAUCUCCUUAUCCACCUAGUCCAACACCAAUCCCCUAUACUCCUUCAAGCCCACCAUUAUUACCAUCUCCAUCUUAUUCACCUUCGCCCACAACACCUACCCCUUAUCCACCAUCAGGCCCUCCUUCGAGACCAUCAUCACCUUCAUUUUCUUAUCCACCAUCAUAUACUCCGUCGACUCUACCACCGAUAACAACUCCUUUUCCACCAUCAUACCCUUCGACGCGGCCUUCACUACCUCCAACUGGAUAUCCUCCAUCGAGACCACCGCCAACUCCAAUUCCUUAUCCUCCUACUGGACCGCCACCGCCUCCUCCACCUCCACCGCCACCGCCUGGUUCUACACCCGCACCAACAUAUUUACCUCCUUAUGAUCAAGGAAAUAGCAGACAACCUGGUUUUAGUAGUCUUUCAGGAAGCGGCUCUUCCGCCUUUCCUUCAUCUUUUGCGAAUUCAGGAGUAGUGAAGCUAAGCGGUACCGCUACUUCGUCAAGCUCAUUCAACAUCGGCUUUCGAGGCACUCCAUCGAAUACUGCUUCAGCGAAUGGAGCAUAUUAUAAUACUCAAAGUCCUUCUGCAUUCACGUCAACCGGAACAUUGUCGCAAGUCACAAAAAUAACUGGACCUGCUGCUGCGCCAGCAUCCUACAAUGUUCCGGCUAUUUCGAGUCCAGGAAUUGGAGUACAAGACGCAAAUUAUCCAACAUAUGUUCAAGCACCUAGCCCAGCGUAUUACCCUGCUCCUGCUCCUGCUCCAGCAGCACAACCAGCUCCAAAUUUUCUUACAGCCACUUAUCCUAUUCAAGCACCACCUAAUACUGCUUUGUCAGCAGCUUUCAAUCCUGCACCGCCAUUCCUGUCAAGUACACCUACUCUACCAGCUGUAAAUUAUGUUCAAAGUUCAGCUGUUCCAGGGGUCGUAGGACCUCCUGUUCAAAUUUAUUCUCCAGCUUCUACUGCUGUAGUUGCUCAGGCAGGCUAUCCUAGUUAUCAAUCUGUUUCUCCAGCCCCUGGUGCUGUAAGUGCUCAGCCAGCCUAUCCAAGUGUUUAUCAAUCUGUUGCUCCAGGUCCAGCAUCAGCUCCAGCAUUUAUACCUAGUCCUGCCUUUCAAACAGUUCCUAGUCCUGCACAAUCAACUUUUGUAAAUCCACCAGCGCAAACCUACCUCGCAACAAACGUUCCCAGUUAUCCUAGUUACCAGCAACCAUCUCCAGCAGCACCAAUGUACAAUUAUCAGCCGUCGAUACCAGCGGUACAACAGCAACCAUCGUUUUCUCCAGCAGUACAACAACAAACGUCGUUUUCUCCAGCAGUACAACAACAAACGUCGUUUGCUCCAGCAGUGCAACAACAAACAUCGUUCGUUCCAACAGUGCAACAGCAACCAUCGUUUGCUCCAGCCAAUCCACCGUCAAUCAGCUACAUUCCACAAACGGGAUGA